GUGCUGUUGUCGUGACAACCCAUAAGGGCGCAUCAGACUCUCGUGAAGGGGGCAGCAGUGCGAUGUAUAAACGGGGGUGGGGUAAUCGGGUAGAGAGAGCGCUAGAGUGAGAGGCGCUGGUGACUGGAGAGGUUUGAAUUUCCUCCCCACCUCUAAAGAACUCUGCUGCCUGCUCAUCACUGCCUUUACGCGGGAGCAGAACGCACAGUGGAAUACAGCGCUUGCAGAGAGGGUUUACGGAAUAUAUGUUUUCCUCCAAGCCAUUUUGUUUUCGUUAUUUUAACGCAUAUUUAUCUUCCCCAACAUCAUAGAAGCCCUUAGUAACACUUUGUCGUGGAGUAGGAUAUUGCCACGGGUCGGAGCGCCACUUCAAUUCUUUUAUAAGUCCAAACACUUUCUCUGGGGUCUCUGCGCGUCCGGUUAGGAAAUGCUGGUCGGAAGGAGACCGUGUUGGAGGCAAUUGCAGGCUUCUUUUUUCAGACUCCUGUGUCUUAUUCCUACAGGGUUCCCCGUCCGAAGUGUGGAUAUGCAGCGAGCGACCGACAACAUUACUAUUCGUCAGGGCGAUACAGCGGUUAUCAGGUGUUACGUGGAUGAUAAGGUGUCCAAAGUUGCCUGGCUCAACCGAUCCAACAUCAUCUUCGCUGGGGAGGACAAGUGGUCGCUGGACCCACGUGUGGACCUAGUGAACAAGGGCCAGCUGGAGUACAGCCUUCGCAUCCAGAAAGUGGAUGUGUACGACGAGGGCUCCUACACAUGCUCCAUCCAGACCAAACAGCAGUCCAAGACCUCUAAUGUCCAUCUCAUUGUCCAAGUUCCGGCAAACAUUUACAAAGUUUCGGAAGACAUCACCGCGAACGAAGGCAGCAACGUGACAUUGAGUUGUCUAGCCAAUGGGAGGCCAGAUCCAUCAAUCACCUGGCGACUGCUCAAUCCAUCAGCGGAUUCUCUAGAUGGGGAGGAGUACCUGGAUAUAUCAGGGAUCAUGAGGAACCAGGCGGGCCGCUACGAAUGCAAAGCCAGCAAUGACGUGGCCACACCGGACGUCAAAUACGUCAAUGUUGUCGUCAACUAUCCUCCCGCCAUCAAGAAUGCCAAGAGCUCUGAAACCCAGGUGGGCCGUAUGGGGGUUCUUCAGUGUGAUGCGGCCGCAGUGCCCAAACCAGAGUUUGAGUGGUACAGAGAUGACAAGAGGCUAUCCAACGCCCAGGGAAUCAGCAUCCAGAUCGUAGGGACCACAACUGUCCUGAUGAUCUCCAACGUUACAGAAGAGGACUAUGGAAACUACACUUGUGUUGCAACCAACAAACUCGGGAUCCAAAAUGCUAGUCUCUUCCUCUAUAGACCUGGUACGGGCCGAGACAUCAACGGCUCCGCCUGCCUAUCCCAGUCACUGUGGCUCCUCCUGGCCUCCAUCACCUGCCUUCUCUUCAAGUGUUAAUAACACCACCAACCUACCAUUGUUAUUACCUACCCAGUUAUUACAUUGAGACUGUUUGCGUAAUGUAACAAAAAUCCUGAUGUGCUCCGAUGCACCAAACUAGAUAAUAAGAAGAUAGAAUGGGCUUAUUAAUAAGUUUUAGUAACAAAAAAAUAUGAAAUGGAGACAAUGGAACAAACACUGCUUUUUCUAAGAAACAUUUAUUGCCAUUUUAACAUGCUGAAGUCUUGCUUUUCCGCUGUCAUUACUCUUGUUUCGGUUGGGGUGUGGUUCAUUGUAUUUCGUCCAAAUGAAUACGUAAGUCUUAACCUCCAAGUGGCAGGGAUUUCAGGUCAAGUACAACAAUCAUGGAUAUCUGCGAGAAGCACUGAGACAUUCAAGUUACUGUUCCUUUCCUAAUGGCAUUUUACUGUAUUGUUAAACGAAAAGGGCAUUGUAACCAGUGCAUUAUCAGACAUUAUGAACUGGGUGAUUCGAUCCCUGAAUCCUGAUUGGCUGACAGCCGUGGUAUAUCAGACCACAUGUAUUUUUACUUCUCUAAUUACAUUGGUAACCAGUUUAUAAUAGCAAUAAGGCACCUUGGGGGUUUGUGGUAUAUGGCCAAUAUACCACGGCUAAGGGCUGUAUCCAGGCACUCCGCUUUGCGUCGUGCGUAAGAACAGCCCUUAGCCGUGGUAUAUUGGUCAUAUACCACACCCCCUCGUGCAUUAUUGCUUAAAUAAUAUGCCAAUAUCUGUCCAAAAAUCUAAAUUUAAAAAAUAUAAAACAAAACAAUAGAUUUUAAACAGUUUAUAAUACACAUUAUGUCAAAGCCAACACACUCCAAUCAACAUUACAGAAAAACAGUAGAACAUGCAAUGUUAUACUUGGUAUACUUAAUUUCAAUAGUAAAGUGAUCAUAACCGGGUGAAAAUAGCCUCAGCUACAUUAGAUACAUGGCUAGUUGCCUCUAAAUUAACUGCCUCGUUUUUGGAUGCAUCAAAGGAUGAGGAUGCUCAAUAACUGUGGACUAGCAUGAGGUAUGCUUUGGUGAACUACUCUUUGCAAACCCUCAUAGAAACGCUUGAAAUGUGUAUUCAUUCUUUAUGUCGAAAAAGAAGACCUACUUUCAGGACCUUCUUCAAACAAAACAUAGGUAAUAUUGAUGCGUUACUGUAUAUAAUUUAAAAAAAAGUAUUUCUCUAUAUGUUAAAAAUAACUUGUUGCACCACUGUAACAAGAAAAAUAGUAAUUAUUGUUGCAGCGUAUGUUGUUUGUAUGAUUACAAGCCAACUAUAUGCUGUUCAGUUUCUCUAUGGCAAACUGUAUUUAGCUUCAGAAAUGGCCUGCCAUAUUAGCUUUUAUCUUGUCAUCGUUCUCCAUUUAAUUUUGAGCUACAACAGUUAUUCUGCUGGAAUUUGGAUAGACAUGAAUGAUGUGCUUUUCUUUUCUGUAUGUGUGUUUUCAUAUUGACAUAUGGAAAUUCAUAAUUUAUGGAUUUAUUUUAAAUCAUUUCCGUUAAUGGUGUAUAUACUUGAAUCCAAUGUCCUUAUAUAUAAAGACAAAUUUAAUAUGUCCAUGUUUCUAAAUAGGUCUGUAAUUUGUUGAUAAUUAACUUGUAGUGUUCCAUGGCAGCAACCCUUUGCACCAUGCAAGUAAAGACCACUAGAGAUCAAUGUUUUUAAAAGGGUUUAAUAAGGUCAAGUUAGUACAUUUAUUGUACCUUUCCAACUAAAUUGUUUCUUUUUUUUUGUCUUUGAGUAGAGUACAUAGAUGUAUUUGGUUUCUAUAAUGAAAGCUCAUGGAGAGUGACCGUGAGCGGAAUGCCAAAAUUACAACAAAGGCCAACAAGUACAACAAAGGCCAACAAAACAGAUAGGUCUCUUGAUGACAUUGUCUACCGCUAUUUGUCAAGUCAGUGUGUUCACAAAACCAACCUUUAAUGUAAGUAAUGCUCUCUGAAAUCUCAUCAUUGUUAAAAACCUCCACUGAAUUCAUACUGCUUUAGAACCAUGACUGUAAGGUAGUUGUCCAUCUAAGCAGUCUGAGUUCUUUGUAAAAAAUUAAAAAACAGACUUGCUGUAUGUUAGCCUUAGUGCUAUACUGAGAAUCUAUCUGUAUGUCAUCUCUGUAUUUUACAUUUUUCAUAAAACAAUGAAUGCUCUGGCUACUGUACAUCCUGCCUCUGGACGAUAGUUUAUUAACAAAAUAAUCUGAUUAAGAAAUGAAUAAUCUGUCUGUUUACUUCAAUAAAGGGGUAUGUAUUAUAAUUUGAUGGGAAGUGUUUUUACAUGUCUGAAUUGAAAGGCUUGUGGACUAGAAUAGGGUACUGUACCUGUCUGCCUGGCAAAGCUAAAGCACUGGGGAAAGCAGUCUUGCACUGAUUGACAGUCUUCUCAGCCAGUGAGCCAUCAGACGUUUAGCUGAAGUCUUUCCCAAGAGGAGGGGUCUCACCUGACUGCACUGUACCCUGCCUGUAUAUACAGUCCCUGAUCCCUUAUGACUAAGACCUUGGGACUGAUGUGUCUAUCUAGAUUCUUACUAAUAAUGAACAUUGCAUCCCAUCGCUGUAUAAAAUUGGCUUGUGUGUGUGUGUGUGUGUGUGUGUGUGUGUGUGCACACCCUGUUGAGUUACUUUGGCUUGUUUUAAGCCAUUGAAAGAGAUACAUGCGGCAUGAAUCACCAGUCAUGUACGUUGGCCACAUGUCCAUCCAUCCCACCAAGCUAUGGUUACAUGUGUAACCCACCAUCUUAUGGUUUAUCUCACCUGUAUAUACAAUGUUUUUAGAAUAUAUUUAAGCUAAGUCUAUCCCUAAAUUCACUUUGUUGAUAAUUACCCACUGUAGGACACAGAGGAAUGUCACAUUUGUACUUCCCUUUGUCACAAGAAUGGAAUUCCUAGACAAUUACACAAUCAUUACACAGCAAUGUCCCGUUUUUCUGUUUCCUUUGAUUUAUGUUAAUGUUUUUUUGCGAUUGGUUUCUAAAAAUGGUAUGUAAAGGUAUACAAGAAAAACUUUCAACACAAAAUACAUUUGUUUGAAUUCAGUGUUCUGUAUUUGAAUGUGGAUUGAGAUGUCGAUGAGUAAUCUUUUUGGAGAACGCUUGAAACACAGUAUCUUCCUGGUACAAUUGUGUUUAUCACCAUGUAACAUGCAAAUAAAAUAAUAUACGUAUUGUUAAUUCUCA